AUGGACGAUAGCCUGUCGCAGGAGGAUUGUUGGACGUUGAUCUCCUCCUUCUUCGACGCACACAACUUGGUCUUCACUCAAAUCAACUCAUUCAACGACUUUAUCAUGCAUCAGAUCCAAGACGUCGUUGACGAUGACAACGUCAUUACCCUCGAUGCGUUCAAUCAGCACACCGACACAGAUGGCGACCGCACUGCUCGCUAUGAAAUUCAGUUUGGACAGAUUUAUUUGUCGAAACCCGAACAUACAGAAUCCGAUGGUGUACCUACUAUGCUAUACCCGGCUGAAGCGCGUAUGCGUAAUCUUACAUACGCCGCGAAGCUUUAUGUCGACAUCACGACCAGGAAAAUGAUUGCUAGUGCUCCCGGUGCUACUGGACCCGACACUGAAUGGGAGAUUGAACAUGAGGACGCCGCGCCUUCUAAGAUCGAGUUGGGUCGUGUACCAAUCAUGUUGAGGAGUAACUACUGUUUGUUGAAUGACCUUUCUGAUGGUGACUUGCAACGGCAAGGCGAGUGUCCUUAUGAUUUGGGAGGUUAUUUCGUCAUCAACGGUUCCGAGAAAGUCAUCAUCGCGCAAGAGCGCUCUGCAGCAAAUACCGUGCAGGUCUUCAAGAAGAGCGCUCCUAGUCCAGUUCUCUGGCAAGCGGAACUUCGGAGUGCUGUUGAGAAGGGAAGUAAACUCAUUUCGUCGACAGUGAUCAAAUUCGGAAAGUCGGGUGACAAGGAGAGGGGUGUGGGCAACACUUUGAAGGCCACGUUGCCAUACAUUAAGUCUGACAUCCCUAUCGCAAUUGUCUUCCGUGCCUUGGGUGUUGUGGACGAUCGUGAGAUUAUGGAGCGUAUCUGUUAUGACGAGAAUGACUACCAAAUGCUUGAUCUUUUGAAGCCAUGUUUGGAAGAAGCUGACGUGAUCUUGGAGAAGGAUCUUGCUUUGGACUACAUCGGCAGACGUGGUAACAACCCACAAAUGGGUCGCGAGAAGCGUCUGAGGUAUGCGCACGAUAUCAUGCAGAAGGAGUUGUUGCCUCACAUCACUACUUCAGUUGGGUUUGAGAAUCGCAAGGCAUUCUUCUUGGGUUACAUGUGUCACAGACUUCUGCUUUGCGCUUUGGAGCGAAGAGAUCAGGAUGACCGUGAUCACUUCGGCAAGAAGCGUCUUGAUCUCGCUGGUCCUCUUCUCGGCGGUCUUUUCCGUAUGCUCUUCAAGAAACUCAGCCGUGAUGUCUACAAAUACAUGCAAAAGUGUGUUGAGACAGGCAAGGAGUUCAACGCUGCUGCUGGUAUGAAAACUUCGACCAUCACUCAGGGUUUGAAAUACUCUCUUGCUACUGGUAACUGGGGUGACCAGGCAAAGGGAUUGGCCAAUCGUGUGGGUGUGUCUCAGGUGUUGAAUAGAUAUACGUUUGCUUCAACGUUGUCUCACUUGCGUCGUACCAACACGCCUAUUGGUCGUGACGGAAAGAUCGCGAAACCUCGUCAGUUGCACAACACUCAUUGGGGUUUGGUGUGUCCAGCUGAGACUCCUGAAGGACAAGCCUGUGGUUUGGUAAAGAACUUGUCGCUCAUGUCCUACAUUUCCGUGAGCCGACCUUCCGCUCAGAUCAUCGAGAACUUGAACAACUGGGGUAUUGAGGGCUUCGAGCAGUAUUCGGCGAACGCUGUUCCUGAUGCUACGCGAAUCUUCUUAAACGGUGUAUGGUUGGGUGUCCACCGCGACCCAAGCAUUUUAGUAAAUGCACUCCGUGACAUGCGUCGUACAGCGGAGAUCCCAGUUGAUGUUUCUGUGGUGCGUGAUAUCCGUGAGAGGGAGGUGAGGAUCUUCACCGAUGCGGGUCGUGUUAUGCGCCCGUUGUUCAUCGUUAAUAACGAAGAGCCUUCGGAGGAAAAUGGAUGGGUCGACAAACGUGGUGAUUUGGUUAUUACCCAUAACCAUGUUGAGCGCAUCCGCGAGUCGAAAUACAAUGCUGACAAUGACAUCGAGACAAACGAAGCGCCGUAUGACUGGCACUCUCUGGUUCGCGAAGGUUGCGUUGAGUACAUCGAUGCGGAAGAAGAAGAGACUUGCAUGAUCGCCAUGACCACAGAAGACCUCGACUGGGCUAAGGCAGUGAAGGCAGGUUGGGAACCUGCAAAGGAGAAACAGCAGGAUCAGAGUGCUGUCGGUGAGCGCUUGAAGACCUAUGCAAGCAAACACCAACAGACAUACACCCAUUGCGAGAUUCACCCGAGUAUGAUUUUGGGUGUGUGCGCAAGUAUCAUCCCCUUCCCCGAUCACAACCAGUCUCCGCGUAACACAUAUCAGUCUGCAAUGGGUAAGCAGGCUAUGGGUAUCUUCUUGUCAAAUUUCCAGACUCGUAUGGAUACGAUGGCAAAUAUUCUCUAUUACCCGCAAAAGCCGCUGGCUACUACGAGAUCUAUGGAGUACCUUCGCUUCCGUGAGCUUCCUGCAGGACAAAACGCUAUUGUCGCCAUUCUGGUUUACAGUGGUUACAACCAGGAAGAUUCGGUUAUUAUGAACCAGAGCAGUAUCGACCGUGGUUUGUUCCGUAGUUUGUACUACCGAUCCCAUGUUGAUGCAGAGAAGAAGGCUGGCAUGCAGACUGUGGAAGAGUUUGAGAAGCCUACGCGUCAGACUACUCUCCGCAUGAAGCAUGGAACGUAUGACAAGCUCGAAGAUGAUGGAUUUGUCGCUCCUGGCACCCGCGUUUCCGGUGAGGAUAUCAUCGUCGGUAAGACCGCACCCAUCGCUCCGGACAGUGAAGAGUUGGGUCAAAGGACAAGGCUGCACAGCAAGCGCGAUGUAUCCAUGCCAUUGAAGUCAACGGAAAACGGUAUCGUCGACCAAGUUGCAGUCACGACAAACGCCGAAGGUAUGAAGUUUGUGAAGGUUCGUGUCAGGUCAACCCGUGUUCCGCAGAUUGGUGACAAGUUCGCUUCUCGUCACGGUCAGAAGGGUACCAUUGGUAUCACCUACCGCCACGAAGACAUGCCCUUUACUGCCGAGGGUGUUACACCGGAUAUCAUCAUCAAUCCUCACGCCAUUCCUUCUCGUAUGACUGUUGCUCACUUGAUUGAAUGUUUGUUGAGUAAAGUUGGUGCCCUCAGUGGUUUGGAAGGUGAUGCUACACCCUUUACCGAUAUCACGGUUGACCGUAUUUCGAAAUCUCUUCGUGAAUAUGGAUAUCAAUCUCGUGGUUUCGAGGUUUUGUAUCACGGUCACACGGGUCGCAAGCUUGUUGCGCAGGUGUUCUUCGGACCUACCUAUUAUCAGAGAUUGAAGCAUAUGGUUGACGACAAGAUCCAUGCCCGUGCUCGUGGACCUGUUCAGAUCCUAACAAGACAGCCUGUCGAAGGUCGUUCAAGAGAUGGAGGUUUGCGUUUCGGAGAGAUGGAACGUGAUUGUAUGUUAUCCCAUGGUGUGGCAGCAUUCUUGAAGGAGCGUCUGUUUGAUGCUUCCGAUGCCUACCGUAUCCACGUGUGUGAUAUUUGUGGGUUGACGGCUAUCGCCAACUUGAAGAAGAACGAGUACGAAUGUCGUUCUUGUCACAACAAAACCCAAAUCUCACAGAUUCACCUUCCAUAUGCGGCCAAGCUUUUGUUCCAGGAGCUCAUGGCCAUGAACAUUGCACCACGCCUUUUCACCUGA